AUGUCCGCUCCGUUCCAGUUCCACGUCUUCUCUCUCCGCAAAGACAUCCUCGAGACCCUCGUUCCCCGCAACGUCUUCAACCAGCCCUCAUCGCCACCCAGAUCAAAGUCCGGCUCUCCCGUACCCGCUGCACCCGCCGCGACCACCGCACGCACCUGCAACGUCUGCCUCGGUGCAUCCUUUCCCGACGUCGACGAGCAGCGCUCCCACUAUCGCUCAGACUGGCACAGAUACAACGUCAAAAUCAGACUCCACGGCGCCAGUCCCGUCUCCGAAGUCCAGUUCUCUCAGCUCGUCGAUGGUCUAGAGGACUCCAUAUCUGGCUCUGCUUCCUCUUCGUCUUCAGAGGAUGACUCCGAUGCUUCAGAUGCCAUCGCCGCCCUCGUCCACAAAACCCGCAAACUCGCCCGCUCCCCAUCCCCCUCCUCCAACGCGCCCUCCGGCCCCCAAACGCCCCUCGCAUGGUUCCACUCCCCACCAGCAACACAGAUCGGCGUCUACAAGGCCCUCCUUCCAACUUCCACCCCACCGUCCGAGUACCUCGCGGAGCUCAAGCAAAUGCAGUCUGGCGGCGAGGAAGGUCGCACCUGGGCUAUGUUCAUGACCGCGGGAGGCCACUUCGCCGGCGCGAUCGUGCGCGUCAAAGGCCCCGAUGGCGAGGAAAACGAUCUGGCCGUCACAAAGAGGGGUAAGCCCCGCAGACCGAAACCUGACGUCGAGGUGCUCAAGCACAAGACUUUUCACCGCUAUACCACUCGGCGGAAACAGGGCGGCUCCCAAUCCAUCAACGAUAACGCGAAAAGCAAGGCUGUCAGCGCCGGCGCUAUGCUCCGGCGAUACGGCGAGCAGGCUCUCCGCGAUGAUAUUCGCAACUUGCUCCAGGACUGGGCUGAAGACAUAGAGAACUGUGAGCGUAUCUGGAUACGUGCGAGCGUGUCCAAUAGGCGUAUAUUUCUUGAUUAUGACGGCGCAGUCAUCCAUAAAGGUGAUGAUCGUCUACGUACUUUUCCCUUCCCAACGCGUCGCCCAACGCAGGCAGAGCUCUCCCGGUGCCUGCUCGAACUAACCCGCCUCAAGGUCUCCCACCUAACAGAAGACGCUCUACGCGCGCAAGACGAAGCCUACCUCGCCUCUCUCGCCAAGCUUCGCCCCAAGGCGCCUGCUCCAAUACCCCUGCUGCAGCCCGAAAAGCCAGCCGAGAAGCCCCCACAGCUCACCCGCGAAGAGGAGGCCCUUCGCGAAAAAUGGACGCGUCUGCUCGACAUGGUCUCCCGCGGCCGCCUCGAUGCGCUCAAGGCCUUCUGGGCGCGCGAGGGACCCGCGCUCGGCGGUGCUGACGCGUCAGUCCCCGACUGGACCGGCGAGAAGGGCGGGACGCUGCUCCAGGUCGCCGCGCACGCGGGUCAGGCGGACGUCGCGCGAUGGCUGCUCGAAGACCUCCGUGCGGACCCCACACGCGACGUCCCAGCGGGGCGAGGCGCGGACGACGAUGGUGCCGAGGACGCGUCCGACGCGUCUGACGCGCCUGCGCUCCCCCGCGGCACGCGCCGCGCCGCGUACGACCUUGCACACACGCGCGGCGUGCGCGACGUCUUCCGGCGUUGUGCGGCCACGCAUCCGGACUGGUGGGACUGGCUCGGAAUCGAGCGCGGCGCCCGAGUGCCGAGCGUGCUCAGUGCGGAGAUGGAGGAGGGCCGCGACGAGAAGAAGAAGGCUCGCCGGAAGGGGCUCAAGGACCGCGUCAAGGAGCGUGAAGCGAAGGAGAAAGAGCGGGAGAAACGCGCUCCUAGUCCGGUGGUGGAGGAGGUCAAAGAAAGGGUGGUCCGACCGGUUGAAGCGACGAAUGGACCGAGGAGGCUGGGUGGAGGUGCAGGCGCGGCGGAGGGAAUUGCCGGACUGACGCUGGAGAUGAGGGCAAAGGUGGAGAGGGAGCGGAGAGCGAGAGCUGCUGAAGCACGGCUCAAAGCACCUGGUGGCCGAUGA